AUGUCGUGCUGUGACACCCCUCAGAGCACACCAUCGGGCGAUGUCUUCGAUUUCGACUCCUCAGUGUCCUCGCCAGCCAAGGACACAGGCAGCCGUAAGCGCAUAGUGGUCUCACCACCUGCUGUAUUAAUGUCUCCCACCAAAAAACGUCGAACAAAGGCUGAGGUCACAGAUCUCGAUGUCUGGGACCACACAGAUGAUGAAAUAAUAUCACUCGCACCACCAGUCCAAACCAAUGUAAAUCAGGGCCUAUCAAAACAAGCUCCGUUGCGACUUACAACUAGUACUAGUAAAUGGGCUGCUGCUGACACUGAUGACGAGGAUGUAGUCAUAUCUCCAGACUCGAUCGAAUCCUACCUUGACACUGCACGUAUCCCAAGGGCCGAGAUCCUGGCUGCAGGUGGAGUUCUUCAAUAUUGGGAGAACGCUCGAGAAACUCGGCCUCGACUAGCUCAGAUGGCUCUCGAUUUCUUGUCUGCGCCUAUCGAUGCUGAACGAGCUUUCUCUGGCGGCCGCCUGCAAGUCAACCAUCUUCAGCACGGUAUCAACUCCCAAACCUUCAAAGCACAGGUUGCCGUCGGGUCGUGGUUCAACACUCCUCUUAUGCCUGACCUCAGUGCUGCCACAGCCAUCAUGCACAGGAAGAUGGGAAACGACAAGGGAAAGGGAAAGGAUCAGGCUGAUGUUGUUGAAAUUGAUUGA